AUGGACGUCUCGAUCGGCCAACUCAUGCUUCGGUCAGCAGUAAGCACUUAUUGCUGUGCACAGCUUUCGAAUAUUUUAGGAUCCAAAAUAUCAUAUCCCGGCCAAUCUCAGUACACCACAACGACUGCAUCAUACUGGUCGAAUCAAGAAUCCACCCUCCAACCCGCAUGUUUUUUAACUGCCAGUACCUCGUCGGAUGUCAGCAAAGCAGUUUCCAUCAUCUCUCAUAUCCCAGACUGCAAUUUUGCAAUUAAAGGCCAGACUCAUGCGCCGGCAGCUGGAUUCGCCAAUAUCAAUAAUGGAGUUACCAUUGAUAUGACUGGACUGUCCUCUAUCAGUGUGAACAAAGAUAAAUCAGUGGCUAGUGUAGGUGCUGGAGCAAGUUGGCUUGAUGUUUACAAGUACCUUGAUCCUCUUGGUGUCACCGUUGCAGGUGGAAGAAAUGGCGCUGUAGGUGUUGGUGGAUUGACUCUUGGAGGCGGGAUCAGCUAUUUUGCGCCUAGAGUUGGAUGGACCUGUGAUACUGUGGUUAAUUUCGAGAUAGUUCUUGCUUCGGGACAACUAACGAACGUCAACGCCAAUUCACACCCAGAUCUCUUCCGCGCUCUCAAAGGGGGAGGCAAUAACUUCGGUGUGGUCACUCGUUUCGACUUCAAAACUAUUCCAAACGGACAGAUACUCGCUGGCUCGGUAAAGCAGAAUUUCACUCACAGAAACGAAGUCUUCAAAGCAUUUUCCGAUAUCGCAGGAGCAAAACAUUACGAUCCAUACACCUCUCUUGUGACAGGCUUGCUCUUCGUUUCCGCAACUAAAGCAUGGUCUAUCAGCACGACACCGAUAUACACAAAGCCUGUUCUUAAUCCGCCCGUGUAUCGAGAGCUGUUAGCUAUACCAAGUACUGUCAGUACUCUGGCUUUGACUAAUCUGAGCACAUACGCUGCGGAACCGGCCACUGCAAAAUUGAAUUGGGCAUUUUUCACUGGAACUUAUGGCGUUUCUGUUGAGUUGCUCGAAAAAAUGGUUGACAGUUUCAAUGCGACUAUGUAUGAUUUCAAUAUUCCAAGCGGCAUUAUUUGGAGCGUUUCUCUCGAGCCUCUACCGACGGUUAUCACUUCUUUCGGAAGCAAGAACGGUGGAAAUGUACUUGGGACAUCUCCGAGUGAUGGAAAUGGUUUUGUAAUGCUUCUCUCAGGAUUGUGGAAUAACACAGCUUCAAACGAUCUUGUCGAGAAAACAGCGAGUAAAAUGGUGAACAAGAUUAACGGAAUUGCAAAGGGUAUGGGAUUGUUGCGUGAGUUCCAGUAUAUGAAUUAUGCGGAUCCGAGUCAAGAUCCUAUCGGUGGGUAUGGGAAAGAUAAUGUGGAGUAUCUGAGGGAGAUGAGUAAAAAGUACGAUUCUCGGGGUGUCUUUCAGACACGGGUGCCUGGAGGGUUCAAGCUUUUUGGGAGCAGGUGA